AUUUCUCACAAUUCCGAAAACGUUUAUAAAACUAACUAUUCGUGACGUCACAGCGCUGCGGAAGGUAGCAAACACUUCUUUUCUUGGUAGCAAACUUCCAGUAACCACCUAGCAUCAAGACCACAGAGAUAGCGCAAUAGGAACCUCCUUUACAAUAAGCAGCAGCAGUGGACCCAAACCGGGCACUUGUAUGUACCAUCUUUUGGAACGAUUUCAAUCAUGGUUUUGGUGUCUUCAAAAAUCCUAAAUUCAACUCGAGUCUGGCUGAUUAACAAGCACUUGUCAAUGUACCUUCGCAAACUUUCCAGCUCCACACUGAGAGCGCCUGUGCCAAGGAAAGUACGCAUUGUGGAGGUUGGGCCCCGCGAUGGUCUGCAGAACGAAAAGGUUAUCGUCCCCACCCUGGUCAAAAUUGAGUUUAUAAACAAGUUGACCAGAGCCGGUCUCAAAACUGUUGAAUGCACGAGUUUUGUAUCCCCAAAAUGGGUACCACAAAUGGCUGACCAUGUAGAGGUUUUCAAAGGAAUCACCAAAGUGCCUGACGUUAGUUACCCAGUGUUAGUUCCCAACCUCAAAGGCUUUGAAGCUGCCGUAUCAGCAGGUGUAGAAGAAAUUGCAAUAUUUGGAGCCGCCUCUGAGAGCUUUUCCAAGAAGAAUAUUAACUGCUCAAUUAGUGAGAGCAUUGCUCAUUUUGGCGCCGUCACUCAGGCUGCCAAGGAAAAGGGAAUUAAAAUCAGAGGUUACAUAUCAUGCGUGGUCGGCUGUCCUUACGAAGGCAUGGUUCAGCCGGACGUGGUUGCCAAAUUGACUCGUACCUUGCUGGAUAUGGGGUGCUAUGAAGUGUCACUGGGUGAUACCAUUGGCGUUGGCACCCCUGGCUCUAUCCAGGCUAUGCUAGAAGCUGUACUCGCCGCGCAAGUUCCGGUGGGCAACCUGGCCGUGCACUGUCAUGACACAUAUGGACAAGCUCUUGCAAACAUCUUUGCUGCCCUUCUGAUGGGAGUGUCGGUCGUGGACUCAGCAGUGGCGGGCCUUGGAGGCUGCCCUUAUGCCAGGGGCGCCUCAGGCAAUGUGGCUACAGAAGAUCUGGUUUACAUGCUAAGCGGGAUGGGAAUCGAAACAGGCGUUGAUUUAAACUUGUUGUUGGAAGCAGCCGAGUACAUUUGCACUAAAAUUCACCAACCCACCAACUCGAGGGUUGGUCGAGCACUGGGAAGACUGACCAUUGAAAGAAAAUAACAUCAUCCUUGCAAAGGAUCUAAACCGUCACAUUCAAGACAUGCCAUAUCACUUUCGCAUGCACAUUGUUAAAGAGAUGUCUAUUUUUUGCGCAAAGAAUAAGUAAUAAAAGGAUCAUAUUAUUAAUUGUAAAAAAAACGUCUAGA